AUGAGAUUUCAAUCACUUGUUUUUAUCCUUGUUGUUUUACUUGCCUCAGUAGCAACAAAUCAAGCUGACUUUGUAGACGUCAAUGAUCCACAUGUGAUUGAAAUCGCCACUUUUGCUGUUACUGAGUACAACAAUCAACAUACUGAGGCAAAACUGGUAUUCGAGAAAGUCAUGAGUGGUGUAUCCAAUGUUGUCGACAAUGAGACUAGAUAUAGUCUCACACUUUCAGCUAAAAAUGGUUCAGCUUCUAACAAUUAUGACACAAUUGUUUUGGAGAAGUCAUCGGAGAACUUUAGCCUUAUUGCCUUUGCACUUAAUCCCCAUGCUUAA